AUGCGCUUAGCUAUGUCUUCUUCACCACUGCCCCUACCCUUAACUUCAUCCGCCAUAGCUCAAACACACCACCACAAAUUCCCCGUUCCCUCAGCCUCCGCCUCCUCAGCCUCCACGCCACAGCUCAGCCAAAAUCCGCAAUGCGAUUCGUCCGGCGCCCACCAAAACUCAUCCGUGAAACCCAGAACCAUCCGGUUCCGGCUGAGCGAGCUCUGCCGGAAGGGCCAGCUCAGCCUUGCCCGCCAACUGUUCGACACAAUUCCUCAGCCGACCACUGUGCUCUGGAACACUCUCAUCAUCGGCUACAUUUGCAACGACAUGCCCGACGAGGCUAUAUCCCUCUACUCCCGCUUUAUUCGCUCCCUCAACUCCUCCAGCAACCGGAAAUGCGAUCCGUACACCUAUUCCUCCGUUCUGAAAGCUUGCGCCCAGACGAAGCAGCUUCUGACGGGCAAAGCCGUGCAAUGCCAUGUGUUGCGUUCCGGUGAGUAUCCGAGUAGGAUUGUGUAUAAUUCCUUGUUGAAUAUGUACUCUGCUUGUUGUAUGAACUCGGGAUUUGAUUUGGUGGAGAGGGUUUUUGGGUUCAUGCGCAAGCGAAAUGUAGUCUCUUGGAACACUAUGAUUGCUUGGUAUGCCAAGAAUGGUCGGUUUGUAGAAGCGAUAAGGUGUUUUGUGAUGAUGAUGAAAAUGGGAUUUAGGCCAACUGCAGUUAGUUUUGUGAAUGUCUUUCCAGCUGUUUCUGGUUUAGGGGAUAUCGAGAUUGCGAAUGUAGUUUACGGGAUUGUGACGAAAUUGGGUGGUGAGUAUGCUAAAGAUUUGUUCGUGGUGAGUUCAGCUAUUACAAUGUAUGCCGAGCUCGGCUGCCUUGAUUCUGCUAGAAGUAUCUUUGACAAUUGCUUGGAGAAGAACGCGCACGUUUGGAACACGAUGAUUGGUGGUUACAUUCAAAAUAAUCUCCCGAUUCGUGCGCUCGAGCUUUUUAACGAGGCAUUAAAUGGUGAGAAUAAUAUCGAUGAUGUGACCUUCCUUUCGGCAGUAACUGCUGCUUCAGAGCUGCGAAAUCCGGGAUUUUCCCGGCAACUGCACUCGUAUCUGAUAAAGAGCUCCCAAUUUUCCUCUGUUAUUUUGAUGAACUCGGUUGUGUCUCUAUACUCGAGGUGCAACUCCAUUUGGGACUCGUUCAGAGUUUUCAGUGGGAUGCGUGAAAAAGAUGUCGUGUCGUGGAAUACCAUGAUUUGUGCUCUCGUCCAGAACGGACUGGAUGAUGAAGGAUUGAUGCUCGCACUCGAGAUGCAGAAACUCGGGUUCUCGAUAGACGAUGUGACAAUCACUGCUUUCUUAUCUGCAGCAUCGAAUCUUAGAAAUCAAGAAAUCGGUAAACAGACGCAUGCAUGCAUCAUCAGGCAUGGGAUUCAGUUCGAUGGGAUGGAUAGCUAUCUUAUUGAUAUGUACGCAAAAUCGGGUAAACUAUCGUUUGCCGAGACAAUUUUCGACAGGAACUUGAAAAGUAACACUGAUCCUGCCGUGUGGAAUGCCAUGAUUUCCGGGUUUACCCAAAACGGGCUCGUCGAAAAAUCCUUAACCAUCUUCCGGCAGAUGGUCAAGGAGAAGAAUGUAAAGCCCAAUGCAGUCACCUUAGCUUCAGUUCUUCCAGUAUGCAGCCAGUUGGUAAGUCUAUCUCUGGGGAAGGCGAUUCACGGUUUUGCCAUCCGGAAUUUCCUAGACGAAAAUGUCUUUGUGGGAUCUGCUCUAGUGGAUAUGUACUCAAAAUCGGGUUCAAUUACUUAUGCCAAGAGAGCCUUUACAAACUCGGCCGAAACAAAUUCAGUCACUUACACGAACAUGAUAAUGGGAUACGGUCAACAUGGAAUGGGUGAAAAGGCAAUCUCGUUAUUCAAUUCCAUGAGGGACUUUACUGUCGAACCGGAUGCUGUAACUUUUGUAGCAAUACUUACCGCCUGCAGUUACAGUGGCUUAAUCAAUGAGGGCCUACAAAUAUUCGAGUCCAUGGAGGCCUGUUAUGGCGUGAAACCCUCGUCCGAACAUUACGCAUGUGUUGUAGACAUGUUGGGACGAGUCGGGAGGGUGUUCGAAGCGUACGAGUUUGCUCUGAAAUUAGGCAGAGAAGGUGACGUGCUGGGAAUAUGGGGUUCUCUCCUUUCUGCUUGCAGGGUUCACAAAGAAUUCGGGUUGGGAAAAAUUGUUGCGAAUAAAUUGCUCGAGAUGGAGGGGGGUAAUGAUAGGAAAACCGGGUAUCAUGUUCUGCUUUCGAAUAUGCAUGCAGAAGAGGGCAACUGGGAGAAUGUGAAGAGCAUGAGGAGAGAAUUGGCCGAGAGAGGGUUGGCCAAGGAAGUCGGGUGCAGUUGGAUUAGCAUAUAUGGUCAAAAGAGUUCUUUUGUCUCGAGAGACAAAAAGCAUCCGCUUUGUAACGAGAUAUACGCUAUGUUGGGGCAUUUGUCCGCGAACUUGAGGGAUCUCGAUUGUGUGCCUCCUUUUCUUUCAAGUGAGUGA